AGGAGGCCCAGAUGAGCCGGGCCAUCACCAUCAUGAAGCCUAUCCUGCGCUACCUGCAGCUGCUCUGUGAGAACCACAACAGGGACCUGCAGAACUUCCUGCGGAACCAGAACAACAAGACCAACUACAACCUGGUGUGUGAGACGCUGCAGUUCCUGGACAUCAUGUGUGGCAGCACCACUGGAGGCCUGGGCCUGCUGGGCCUCUACAUCAACGAGGGCAACGUGGACUUGGUCCGGCAGACCCUGGAGACCAUCACAGAGUACUGCCAAGGACCCUGCCACGAGAACCAGGUAGGGGACCAAAAACUGUGCCAGUGUAGAGGAUAUUUGGAAUCACACACUUGUGAUGUGGUGUGCCUGCCUGAAACUUGUAAACCCAAAUUAUAUAAUGUACCACAAGGAUUUUGA